UUGAAAUCCGCAAAAGACAUUAGGACGGGGCUUCUUGACUUUCUUAGAUGGAAGAUAAUAGAGGCACCCCUGCGGUUUUAGAUAGAAAUGAUACGAGUCAAAACAGUGAAGGGUUAUUUUAAGAGUUUAUAUGGAUGGAUUGUGAACGUGACAGACUCAUUGGUAGCCUGAUGCAGUGAAACAUGUAGUUUAUCAACUCUUGUGUCAACUUCCAUCGGUGUUUUAAUGAUGAUUGCGUCUUUCAUUCCGGUAUCUGUUCAUUAUUUCAAUGCACUACAAACUAUCACCAGAGUUUCCGUGCUCUUGGUUCCGUGGUGGUUUUAUCAGCAGAAAGCCACAGAGAGCCGAGCAGGGAGGUUGUUCUACUACAGCCUGCUGGAGUGAAGAGUAGGUGGCUGGGAUUGUUAGUUCAUAAGACCGGUGAUCCUACAGCGGCAUCAGGACGAGCGGGUCGCAGAGCGACACAAAAUAAAAACUGGAUGACGCAUUACAUCGGGUAGCAUACCAUCGCAGCUUUGUUUUGUUUUUUGCGCAUGGGAUUUGACUUUGUAUGUUGCUUCCUUGAUUCAGCUGAUAUUUUAAUUUCAUUAACAGAUCCCGUCAGUUGUGCGCCAUGACGGAGGUUGGGGGAUUUCUAGGGACACUAGACUUGGAUUUACAGAGUUUCCACGCACUAGGAAGUAUGCCCUUGGCAGAGGCGCCAGCGGGGUUACUGGAUGAGAGGCUGGGACAGAUCGAGGGGAGGUUACAGCGGGGCUCGCUGACAGAUUUCGGGCACCUUAAAGGGAUUCUGCGGCGGAGGCAGCUGUACUGUAGAACCGGCUUCCAGCUGGAGAUAUUCCCCAACGGGACCGUGUACGGGACAAGACAGGACCACAGCAGAUUUGGUAUCCUAGAGUUCAUCAGUCUGGCUGUAGGGCUGGUCAGUAUUAGAGGAGUGGAUGCAGGACUCUACCUGGGCAUGAACGAGAGAGGAGAGCUCUAUGGGUCGGUAAGUUAAACACUCCUCCUCUCCUCUACACAUUCC